AUGGCAUUUGUUUAUAGUUGCUGCUUUUGGUUCUCUUUAAGGCUCGGUGGAUUAUUAAUAGGAAUAUAUUCAGUAUUACAGGCUGUUAUUGCAUUGAUUGCAUUUUGUAUGGGUUUGAUACAUUACGAACGAGUUGUAGAUGAAAUAAAGGAAUUAGUAAAUAAUAAUAACGUGAAACUUAUAUACACUAAGGACUACUUAGAAACAUUAAAGUCCGACCCAGAAAAAUACUUUACUCUUGGUAUUGUUGUAACGUGUAUCUACAUUUUAUCUUGUUUACUGUUCAUGUAUGGAGCAUAUACAUGCAAUAACAUAUUGAUGAUUGGCUAUAUACUGCUGGAAUUGACGCGAUUGGUUAUCUUGUCGGUUAUUGUAGCCACUUGUCUCUUGGUACUAAAACAAAACACCAUGGACAUAGGACUUCUUAUUGGAGCCAGUGUAGCUGGUGGAUUUUUUCUUCUGGGCGAAUUCUACCUGUGGGUGUGUGCGGUCAAUUUGCCAAUACUUAUCAAUGAGAUGGAGCGAGACGAACAAGCGGAAACAAUAGAUAGACUACAACAACUUUUGGAAAUUAACAAGCAACGCGCUAUUGCGUAUGGUUCAUACAACUAUCAUUUUACAGUCGACUAUGGAAAUAACAGCGAGUUUACAGUACCAAGAAAUAAAAUUACUAACAAAAAUAAUAUAAAACAUUAUGCUAGAGGUCCUGUGCCACUAGCAAUUUCAUAUAGUACACAUAAAUAG